GUCACGCGCGCACAAGGGCGCCCGUUACAGCGAGCAGUUGUAGACUUGUAGUAGGGUCUACUUCACGGCAUCACGACGCCUCGCGCGGCCGGCGAGAUCGCGCCGCGGCGGCGAUGGGGGUCGUCGUGGCGUACCGGAAGCUUUCGCCGGCGAGCCGUCGUGGCGGAGGCGCCGCCCGGGCGUGGGUGGCGCUGCUGCGGCGGGCGGCGGCGGGGGUGGCGGCGCGGCUGCAGCGCGCGGCGAGGAGGCGGUGCGUCGGCGUCGGCUGUGGCGGCGCGAGGAGGCUGACGUGGGCGGGGCUCUGCGUCGGGAGGGGCGUGGCGGUGGCCGCGCCGGCGAGGAGGAUCUCGUCGGCGGCGGGGUCGUAUGAUCCGGCGAGCUACGCCCGCAACUUCGACGACGGGGUGUGGAAGGCGGAGGAGGGCUGCGCCGGCGCCGCCCGGUUCGCCGGCGCGAAUGGUAAAUCGAGCUCGAAUUCGAGAUGAUUUUUCAUUAUAUUCAUCCUCGGAUUGUAAAUUUCAUCGAUCCCAGCUUGCAGAAUCGGUUAAUUCCUGAUUAGCUCUGAAUGCUAUCUGGGGUGGUUCACUGGUUUCGAAUUGAAUUUUGGAUGCAUCCAUCUGCUCCUUUUUUUCCCCUUUUCUAAAUUGGCAAAGGCAAAUGCAGCAUGAAUAAUCUGAUUAAGAUUACAAAA